AGCAGAAAUAUGAUUAAACCGAAUUAUCGCAAACAAUAUACGAUUAAUGACUUUUAUUUGGAAGCUGGAGAAGAUUUCCAACAUGUCUUUUGGUUGCUUAGUAAUGUUUAUAUAUAAUAUAUAUAUUUAUUCAUCUUAAAUCUUCAGAAAACACACUUGCAUAAACAAAAGAUAUUUUAUAGCAGUUGAAGUAAUUUUUACAAGCAAAAGAAGGCUAAAUUUAAUUCAUUAAAAUUAGGUUUUAGUAAGUAGUUACCAAAUUAAUUUAAUUUCACAUGUUUUAUGAAUUUUUAAAAAAAUGCAGAUUUUCAUUUUACGACUGCUCAAUGCGAUGAAUGUGGUAUUCAGGUUCGUUAUUCCAGGCGUUCGCAAGUUUGGAUGAAUACCUAGAAAAGCUUUAAUUACUCUCCAAGGUCACUGUUCUCUCACUAGCUCUCCUCAUCUAACAAGGCAAUUUUCUUAAAGUUUGGUAAGACUUUAGUGGACACAAAAGAUGUAGUUUGAGUCAUCGGAUAAACGACUUUCGUUCGAGGGUUUGAUUUUCCCUUUCAAUUGCUUUCGUUUGUUCGUGUUUCACGUCAUUGAAAAGUCGCUUCUUUUCUCUUCCGUACCAAUUCGCUCAUUUGGUAACCAGAAUGAAAGUCGAGGUAUUGUUCUUUAUUCCAUUCUUAUGGUUUUUACUCUUGGUUAGCUUCAUAGGCAACCUCUUUGUGCUGGUAAUAAUUCUAAGAUCUAAAUCACUUCGCCGCAAGCCGUCUAUAAUCUACAUCAUCAAUGGUGCAGCAUCUAACUUGCUAUUCGUGGCUAUUAUUGGAGUGUCUGUAAUGUUUUUAGUUCUGAACACCGAUAUCAGUUCAAACUGGUAUUGCAGCAUCUACGAUAGUUACUUUUACUUGAACGCUUUUAUCAUCACUUCUACCAUUACAGUCAUUGCCUUGGAUAAGUACUUUGCUAUCUUCAAGCCGUUCUAUUAUCGUCAACAUUCUACAACUCGGAAUGCACUCAUCAUUACCAUAAUUUCUUGGUUUAUAGCGGGCUUCUUCUCAACUCCAAAGUUCAUUACAGUCUUCUCUGAACAUGGAUCCAGAUUAUGCCAACGAGAUCUAAUGACAGUUCGACGAACAAUCGAGUUGGUAUCCGAAAUAAUUCAUCUUGUUCUGGUGUUCUUAAUUCCCAUCAUCGUUACAUUUGUAGUUUACGGCCGCCUAGUUCAUCGGCUGUGGUUUUCCAACCAAGAUUCUCAAAGAACAGAUAUCGCGUUGCUCAAGUCCCGGCGUAAGUUAACCAAACUUUCGAUAACCGUAACAAUCUUGUUCUUGUUAUGUUGGGUUCCACAUACUGUUGAGACGAUUUGGUGGUGUUUGGGAUUCGAGCGGCGGUAUAUCGUGGAGUUACUUAAACUCUAUGCUUCGUUAUUUGUAUUCUUGUAUAGUGCUAUUAGCCCUGUUAUUUAUACAUUUUAUAACGAGGCGACACUUCAAGCAGCUAGACGGAUGAUCUGUUGUAGUGUUUGUUGUAAAGGAUCUGGUUUGAAUUCAAGGAAUAUUCAAGUUACACCCGUUGAAAACGGCGUUCUACGUCUCGAUGUGAGACAGGCUGAGAUUGCCGAGUCUUAGCAUAAAGCAUUAUGAACACUAGAACAGCAAAACUUGCCAACCAAAAGGCUGUAGAUUUGAACUAUUUUGGGGAACAGGGGAAAUUAAAUUUUCAAAGUUGACUGUUUUUUUGCGUCGAUUUUGUAAAAUUUCUUCUUUCUCUCUGAAUUCCUUUGUUCCCUUCCCUUCCCUUUCUUUUUUUCUUCUUUCU